GGUUUCCACUCCAGCGAACAGCGCAGAAAGAGCAGAGAGAGUGAAGUGAGGAGAAGAGCUGUCCUGCCUGCCGGAGAAUAGCUUCAUUUAACACACAAUAAAAGAGUGAAGGACUCCGGGAAAAGGGAAUGUCAGCGCGAAUAUCUUGAAGAAACCACUGAUUUACUUCUUCACCUCUUUGUUUCUUAUUCAAGAGUUGAUCCAAGAACCUGCAGUGGAGAGGUAAAGGUGUGAAGAAGCAACAAAUCAAGGUUUUAAGGAGGAGUCAUUGGAAUCUGUUCCAAGCUUAUUUUUCAGUUUUCUGUUUUGGAUAAAGAUGCCAGAGAAGAAGAUCGGAAAUCCAGGGAUGAGCAUCUUCAGCUGGUGUCGGGUGGCCGCUGUGGUAGCUCUGAUCUUGAUCAUACUGGGAGGGCUGGGAGCCGCCAUCUGGGCCCUUGUCACAUAUCUCAGAACAACAGAAGAUACUGGAUUAUUUGAUGUACAGGUGAGCGCAGCAGACCAGAGGCUGCGAGUGUUUGACUCCACCCAGCGGAGGUGGAAACACGUCUGCUCAUCCAGCACCAACCAGCUCAUCGCCAACAUCAGCUGUGAGGAGAUGGGCUUCGUCAGAGCAGUGAAUUUCUCAGUGACGUGUGCUCCUGAUAAUGGUGGUGACCGAGAUUUUUUCUGCGUAAAAGAGAGUGAGUUAACUUAUGGGAAGAAGAUAAAAACAGCCCUUUAUCCUUGUAAAUGUGACAAAGGUCAGAUACUUGAGGUGAUUUGUCAGGACUGUGGUCGUCGUAUGCUGCCUGAGGAGCGGAUCGUGGGGGGAGUGGAUGCCCGCCAGGGUUCGUGGCCAUGGCAGGUCAGCCUACAGUAUGAUGGAGUUCAUCAGUGUGGUGGAUCCAUCAUUUCAGAUCGCUGGAUCGUCAGUGCCACACACUGCUUUCCUGAGAGGUAUCGCCAUGUGUCACGCUGGCGGGUUCUGAUGGGAUCGAUCUACAACACUCCCAUCCGUAAGAACAUUGUGAUCGCUGAGGUGAAGACGGUUGUCUACCACAGCAGCUACCUGCCCUUCGUCGAUGCCAACAUUGAUGACAACAGUCGUGACAUAGCAGUCCUGGCUCUGACAAAACCUCUGCAGUUCACUGAUUAUAUCCAGCCAGUGUGUCUUCCUACCUAUGGCCAGCGUUUGGCGGAUGGCCAGAUGGGUACAGUAACCGGCUGGGGUAAUGUGGAGUAUUACGGCACUCAAGCCAACGUCCUCCAGGAAGCCCAUGUGCCCAUCAUCAGUGAUGCGGUGUGCAAUGGCCCGGAUUAUUAUGACAACCAGGUUACAACCACCAUGUUCUGUGCCGGUUAUGAGAAAGGAGGAACCGACUCCUGCCAGGGGGACAGCGGUGGUCCUUUCGUAGCAGCGGAUGUCCUGUCUAAGACCAGCCGCUAUCGUUUGCUGGGGGUGGUGAGCUGGGGCACAGGCUGUGCCAUGGCCAAAAAGCCUGGCGUCUACAUGCGUGUGUCACGUUUUCUGCCCUGGAUAUCCACAGCCAUGAGGAUGUAUGAAAACUCCCCAGGAGUGCACAAAAUGGCACGGGCGGUCACACCAUAGCCAUUCAGAGUGGAAAAAUGUUUAAUACGAGACUGAAAUGUUGCCUGUUGAGGUCAGAUGUGUUGCUCGGAUCAGUCUGAGAUCAGACGUCUGGUGUUGAUCAGAUGAUCUGUGAUGAUCAACCUGUCCCAAGGACAAUAUCUGACUCAUGGAGGCCAAGAACCAUUUCUGAUGCUGUACUUUGGAUGGGUUAAGCAUUGAUGUGACGAGCACUAAAUGUAAAGAUACAAACCAAAGACUGGUUUAGAAAGCAGUAUGAAUAAACUCAUCACUGUGGCAGUCAGUAUUGUUGCUUAUGUUGUUGUACAUAUGAAUAGCUUCCUUACCAUGCGAUGCACUGUUUAAUUCAAUUUUAUUUCUAAUUGUAUGUUAAGCUGCUAUAUUGUUAUCCAGAUUUUGUACCAUAACCUUCUGAGUAACAUUAUGUAGUAAUUUGGUAGCUCUUUAGGCCUGUUGAAUAUGACAACAAUAAAACUCAAACAGCAUUUAGCUUUUUAUUCUAUAAAUAUGCUUCUUUUCUGUUUUCAUGUUCAUUAAACUGUUAUGCAUAUAUGUACAAUACAGAAAUUUUGACCUUUGAUAUAUAGUAAUCUCUCUUUUUUUUCAGUUCUUUUCACCCAAAUACAAAUGUUG